AUGGUCAUGCCAGCCGCCAACCCGCUCGUAGUCGUAGCCACAAAAACCGGCGCCCCAUCCCACCCCUCGCAGCGCCCCAUAUUCUCGCUCUCAUCCUGCCACCCAUACCUGAACUCCUCCUUCCGGAUCGCCCGCCCCUUACGCACCCGCCACACGGCCUCCCAGAUGCUCUUCCCGACCAGACAGACGGCGCGCGGCCGCUGCGCCGCGACCUUGGCCUCCAGCACGGGCACACCGGCGUUCAUCUCCGCGCGGCUGAGCAUGCUCGCGUCGCGCGUCGGGCGCUCCACGAUGUUCGUAUUGCCGAUGUUGUACAGCUCCGGCAGCCGGUACGUGUCCGACGGCGGGUGGCGCUCCGUCGUGAUCCCCGACGAGUGCAGGAGCUUCCAGAACAAGUUGGACGGGUGCGCGUACGCGUACCCCGUUGUGCCCGUCAUGAUGCCCGGAUUCACGCCAACGAGCAGCAGCGUGAGGUUUGGGGGGAUGGUGUCGCGGAGGAGGGAAGUGGAGGUCGAUGGGGGUGUGGAGGUGCGCGAGGUGGGUUGCGUUGUUGGAGAUCGGGAUAGUGGUGUUGAGGACGGAGUGCUGCCUGCGGAGCGGGAGCGGGUGAUGCGGCGGGGUGUGGGUGUGGGUAUGUCUAUGUCUGCGGUGGGAGUCGAUGCGCCGGAUGGUGUUGAGGACUUGAUUCGUUUGGACCGUCGCUGGGGUUGUGAGGUCUCGUCUGGUGAUGAUGCUGUUCGCUUGAGAGCGUCCGGGAUGGCGAUAGGUGUUGUGGUUUUGGAUGCGGCAUCUGCGGCCGCCGCAUUUGUAGAGAUGUUCUUUGAGGCGUGGAAGUAUUGA